AUGAACGCGAAAAGAAAAGGUAGAUGGAGGAAAUUCCUAACAGAUGGUCAGAGCAUGCUUUUCUGCUGAGAUUUCCAUUGAGAUUAAUGCAAGUAUGACCGGACGACAUUAUUUCAUGAGCACCGUUUCUCUCCGUACUCGCAUUUGAUGACUAUUAUAACGGAAAUUCUAGUGAAUUAUCAAAAAAUCGAAAAUUUGGAUGCCAUAUGAUCACCCGACCGGAUGGGUUCAAACCUUAUAAUGGAAAAAGUUCCUUCUAGUAUCAUGCGAAAGAAUCUGAUGUUAUUGGUGAUGUCGUAAAUAUGUUGUGCAAUGAGUUCACUAAUGUGACGGUGGUUUUGUGUUCCUUUUUUUUUCUUUGGAAUUUAAAGGACCGAAGAGGAACAAGACACAAGAGAAGGGUGGGGCAACUGAGGUCGUAAGAAAGAAACAACGUGUAGAUGACAGGCCUAUGUCUGCUCGUCACCGAUCGCUGCCUGAUUCAGGUUCUUAUAAGUGCCGCACUUUUUAAAUAUAUAUUUUUUUAUUGCAUUCGUGAAGCGAUUUUUGGAACGUGCCACACUGGACUUACAGAUCCGAGUUGACCAUUCAGUCUGGCAACAUAAUUGGUUGAAGUUGCUCUUCUUCCUUAGAAUUUUAUUACUAUCACUGUGAAACUUUACAUUUGUUUUUCUCCAGCGUAGCACUAGUUUGAAAAAGGAAUUUUAAGUCCUCUUUGGACAUACUUCUUUGUUGUCUCUUUUCUUUUCUUUGACUUGACGGUGACCCAUGGUCAAACUACUUUAGAAAAUUUCUCUGAAGAGUCUUCGGGGGACACGACUUCUGAUGAAAAAACUUACAAGGAGCGUCCUGUCUUUGACGACCUGCUGAAAGCACUUUCUUCUGGUAGUCAAUCACGCUAUGAUGCAUACAAGCUGAGGUAACCACUGUGGUAGUAAUCUGAUGGAAAUAUUCAAAAUUUGGUGUUUUAACAACUUUCUGUUUUAAACCGGAGUACUUUUUUCUAGAUAACUCAGCUAUGUAAUUGGUUGCAUUCCACUAUAAAGUGAUUUUCUUUUUAUAUUCCUCAUAUAUGUGCCUUUCAAGUUUCUUUUGAAAAAGCUAAUUUCUUUCUUUUUUACAUUUUGCUCAAAAAUAGACAAAGAGAGCAAGAAGAGGCAAGUGGUACUGAGGAUGAAAAUUCCGGUUCUGAAUAUACUGGUAGUUCUGAAGAAGAGAAUGGCAGUGAAGAAGGUACUUCUCUCCAACAUAUUUGAAUUAACAAUACAUGGUCGUUCUUUCAUAUCUCAUUUGGUGCCUAUUACGAAUCCCAACAUCUGACACCAGAAAGGAAUCGAAUAUUUUCAGCUAUUACCAUUAUCCUUGUCCUGUAUUGGAUUCUCUUAUUGGUUCUUUUGAUUUUUGAAACAUAGGAUUUAGACGGAAGAGUACAUGGUUAGUAGAGAGUAUUGAUUAUUCUAAGAUGUCUGUACCAGACAAAUCAAAGUAACUUUGACGAUAGGACUGAUUUUGUGUCGAGAUGAUAAUCUUAGAAUAAAAUAUGCCGGACCAUGCCUUAUCAUUCAUAUUUGCAAGAAAUAAAUUCGAUAUAAUAUGAUUGUAAAAUUGCCUUUUUAAAUUUUGUUUCUGUCAUAAGUUUUUGCUUCUUUCUUUUUUGGGAGGAGCAAUUGAAAGAUAUAGAGAGUAUAAUGCUGGCAGUGAUAAUAAUUAGAAUGAUGUCAGGUGCUUAUUUCUGCCUUUUUCUUUUGGCCAAUCGCCAGGAAACCUCAGAUGGCAGAGCCAAUUUAUGCGGUAAAAUAUAAUAACUAUCUUCAAACUAUAUUCUCAGUUCUCAUGCAAUGUCUUUUUUUUAUCCUUCUAAAAAUAUGCUCACAAAAUAGGGGGAGUUGAUACUCCAGCAAGAAAUCUUUUUAUAGUCAGUUGGUAAAUUGGCGACAAUAACUAUGGGAAAUGUAUGCCAUUUCAUUUAUUUCGGAGAACUGCGCUCUUUUUCGCAAUGUUAUUUAAGUCUAACUGAGAAAAAAAGAAGUGAAAAUGCUGGUAAAAAUCUGGAAAUGGUAACAAUUACUGUGGGAACGCUAAGUGACAAUAAUCUGGGAAUGGUAACUAAAAUAUUAGAAGGCGCUGGUAAAAAUCCUGUGUAUACGUGGGACUACAUGGUUCUACCCUCUUCAGAAGGAGAAACGAAAAAAACAAAGUAUAGGCUUGAUAAUGAUACAUCUAUGCAGAUUGUUGGAGGGCCAUCAGAUGAUGGAACUUCUUAGGUGAGAUGAUUAUGGAAUAUAGUAUCCUGCAUCUUUUUCUUCUUUUCGUUUUACUCGUUAGUUCACCCUUUUUCAUUGCAUUGAAAUGUUAUUCAGUUGAUCACCUUUAUUCAAAAGAUUUCGUAAUCUACUGUUAUAUUAUCUUCUAGCUCGGAUCAUGUUACGGGCUCCUGAGUUUUUUGCUUCCUCUUGUUACUCGUUUUACUAGUUAUUAUCAUAUAUUAUUUUAUCCACUGACCGAAACAUCAGUUUAGCUGAGUCUUUUGACAUUAUUAUGGAAGUCAACGAACAAGGUUUUACCUUAAAUUUUUUCAGUACGAGUACUUUGAUACUCUUUCAUCUUUGUACGAAUAAUGCACGUCACAAACUCCAGUUGUGCAUACUCUGACAUCUACUUUAUAUUUUUCUUAAUCUUUUCUGAAUAUCUUCCAGAAUCAGACAAUGAGUCUGGCCAAGACUCUCGGUAUCCCCUCAAAAGAAAGCAUAAGUCUGUUGUGGAACAUGAAGGAGAUGAUGAAACUUUUAAUGAUAAAUUCUCUAAUAGUGACCACGAAGAGAGUGAGGAAAGUGAUGAUGGAGAUACUUCUGAUGAAUCAGAUGGUGAAAGGUCGGUCAACUUUACUUGAAUGGGUCGCUCAUCUUGCUUUCCAAAGGGAAAAUCAUAAUUAGUUUAGGAUCACAAGGUAUUGAGCUUAAUAAUUACAGGAGAUAAAUGUCGUUUAAUGUCCAUUCUUUUGUGGUCGCUUGUUGAAAGUAUUUUUUUGUAGCGAAUUAGAGUCCAUUCUUUUUUGUAGUAAAGCAGUGUGAGGUUUGGUUAGUCAUAACGAAUUUACAUCGGCAAGUAUCCUGUCUGCUAACUGGGAUUUAUAGUUCCAACAAACGAGGAAUUUAGGUUCAGUCUGAGGUGUCUAAAGAUAUUGCUCAAAGUAUCCUAAUGCAGGUCUUCGUCCCAACCUUUUCAAAAGUUAAAGAUGAUACGAUAAGACGAUUACGACUUAACUAACCGCCAUCUUAUGUGGGCUUCGUUGUUUCUUCCUUAUCUUAUGUCCUUUGUUAACUUUAUUCAGCACUUCCCAUGAUCAUUUUGGAGUCACACUGAAAAGCGAAGAGGUUGAUGAGUUGAUGAAGAAGUCGUGGAAGUUUAAGUGGGAGAUGCCUGUAAUUGAUUCGGCAUUGUCCAAGUGGGUUGGAACAGGAGAAUGUUUUUUGAAGGUACUUAAAUUACAAGUGGUUACAAUAUUCUUCAACAUUGACUAUGGAUUCUGAAGGCAGAUGUAAUGCAGUAGCAAAAAUAUUUCUUUCAUUCUUAUUUGCGAUGUUCUUGAAUUUUGGUUCUUUUCUUAGUAAGCUGAGUUUAGAAGGUUAAAUCUAGAUUUCAGUUACAUAUCUGAUGCCCAAUUUUGUUUUCAGGACGUGGAUAGUGAUAAGCGAUAUGGGCUUCUGCCAAAAUUGUACAAUCAUUGGUUAAAAGAAUAUAAAGCUUUUGGGGGCAACGAUUUUCAUUCAUCCAGGCAAAGACAAUUCUUCUCACUCUGUAAGUGUCCUAAUGGCACCAUCUUCUGUAUAUUCAUCCGUCUUCAAAUAUUUUUUACAUUCUCAUGAAAUGCCUGUGUAAUAUUCAUUUUUUUUUCUAUUGAAAGCUAUGGUAGUUAUUCCUAACUUCUUUGAAUGGUUGAAUGGUCUUUCUUUUUUUAAUUUGCCCUUUCUCACGUCUUCUGAAGACUGCUAUGGUGUUGUUUAAGGGAUGCGAUGUUUGGUCUGGAUGCUGGCAUAUUUUUGUGGCAUGCCUUCUUUUGUUUCUAAUGCUUUGGUAAGAACCUUGAUCCAGAAAAGAAUAUGAUUCUUUUCGAGGGAUACGGGAAAUAAGGAUUAGGAGAAGAAGGGUUCAGUCGUGGAGACCAAAUCGGCUCAAACACAACAAGCAGAGGAUCUCCAGAGACUUUGGGACCAAAUGGUCCUUUCUAACCCUCCUAUACAACUGAGUCCCCUUAUUUAUAACCCUCAGCCGUCUCCUUCCUACAUGGAUGCCUACUAAGUUCCAUGCGCAGUGGUUGAACCCAUAGAAACUGGAAGCUACUUCCUUCUUGAGUAUUUCUUGGCUGGAGGCUUAUCAUGCUUCAGCCUUAAUAUUUGGCUUACAUUAUUGAGAUGGACUUGUAAAGAGAUUUUUCUCUUCAUAUGUACAUCACUGGUGUGUUUUUGUGGUUCCUUUCUCUAUUAUCUCAACUUCUGUCCAUCAUACUUUUGUUGUACACAGCUUAGGUCUGACUCCAGGAUACAAACAAUUUUGAGCAAUUCUUUAAUCAUUUUUCUCUGUGAGAUUCUUUACCUCUUCUAUGUCAGUCUAGUAUAUCCAUCAAUGAGAGGAGUCAUGAUUGUUGCCCGUACGUUCCUCAUUGUUGAUAAUCUUGUGAUUUUGGCUGGUAAUUGGUGAUUUAUUCUGUCAUAAUUUAAUAUCUUUCUUGUGAAAUAUUUUAGGUAAUAGCUAUCGGGAUAUAAUGCAUUGUAGCAAAAAGCCCUUCUAUUUCAAAGGCACACAGGAGGAUUCUGAUAUCAUGGAUUCAUAUAUUAUGCAUGCUGUAAGUUCAGAUCUUUCUUCAUUGUUGUCCAUUCAUUAUCCUUGUUUCGGAUUGUUGUUUUAGGUAAAGUUUAUCAAGGUUUUUUCUGUUUAGUUGUUUCUUAUGAUUGAUAUACUUAAUGCUCUGUGUAAAUAAUUACGUGGAAUGUUUUCUCUGUAGAUAAAUCAUGUUUUCAGAACAAGAGAUCUUGUGAUUAAAAAUGAUGCAAAGCUGGCAAAGGAUCAAGAUACCGCAAAGGAAGAGCUACUUAAUGGCAACGAUUUUCGUGAUCAAGGGUUUACUCGGCCAAAGGUAAUUUUCAGAGGUUUUAUUUAAAAUCUAGCAUUAGUUUGAUAAGCUAAUGGAGGACCCUGAUAGUAAGAUUGUCACCUUCAUUUUCACAUGAGUUUCGGGUGUCUUGUAGCUGGGUUUAAUUAUCAAUUCAUUUGUGUACUGCUUUUUCCUCUUUCUAGCUUUCUCUUCUUUACAAGCAUAGAUUUUCAUACCUUAUUGUCUUACAUGGUGGAAAUUAGGGCUUGAAGAAUUGAAUCAGCCAAGCUGAUCUAAUGAUCUAUGUUGAAAGGGACGAGGUCAGAGUCUUGAAAGAUAUGAAAAAAUAGUAAAAGAGCUUUUAGUAAAUAUAAUAAUAGCACGUUUCUAAGUUUUCGACUGGGUUUUACUGCAAGAAGAUGUAUGAGAAGAGUGAGUGGUGUAAUUAGCUGCUAGAGGUAUGCGUCAUAAUUCUUCUCUGCCUGGACAUAGCCUUGGAGUAUACUAAUUCAUAGUGUAUCAUAUUUAUAAAUGUGCUAAUGGCGCUUUUUCUUCAGAUUUCUUCUGAUAGAGGUUUUUUCAUACCCUUAUUUCGAUAUUCUGUAUACCUACUCUCCCACAGGUGUUGUUCCUGUUGCCAUAUCGAAGCUUUGGAUUAAGGCUAGUGAGGAGACUUAUACAUCUCGCCCCUUUAUCUAAAAAGGUACUGUUUGUUGUAUUUUCAUUCUGAGUCACCUUCCCCAUUUCCAUUUCAAUUUGCAUUGAUGUCUUCGUAAUCACUAUUAUGAUUUCUUGAUUUUAAAGGCAUGUUUUAUAACUUGUCAUUUUCUUUUGCGUCUCUGUAGAUGUGGGCUUUAAAGAUAAAACACGCACGUUUCUGGGGUUUCUACUCAUCAGAUGUGGAAAGUAGUGUAGGAUUUUUGUCAGAUUAUGACAGAUGAAUUUAUCAUUUACUUUCAACUGAAUAUUUUGUUAGAUGUCUACUGUCCUUUAAUCCUAUGAUGCGUAUCAUCCUAUGAGAUUAUGCCAUAUGAAUUUGUCUUGAAUCAUAGUAUAAAUUGCGCUACAGUGAUAGUUAUAUUUUUGGUUAAGAUCCAGAUUGAUGUUGGCUGCUGUGAUAUAAAACUAAAUUUUUGGGAUAUUGAAGGGACAUUUUAACUAGUUAGUUUUGCCUUGAUUGGAUUACAAUGUUUUCUGUUUACUUUCUAGUUCACCAAAGGCAGGAAUUGAGAUUCAUGGUAGUUGAGGAUACUGAACUAACUACUCUCUCUUCUAGAUUGAUGGCUCUAGGCUGACCAAACUGGAUUAUUGCCUAACUAAUCUCUUCUAGGUUCAUGCCUCUAGGUUGCCCUAAUCAGAUUAGCGACCAGAUAAUCUAUUUCAGAUUCAUAAUUUCACACCAGUCAAACUCUAUUAUUGCCCAAGUAAUUUCUUUUAGAUUCAUAUCUCUAUGUCAGCCGACCUAGAUUUGCGCCAAACUUAUAUUUUUUAGAUUUUAUGACUCUAAGAAGACUUGAGUUUGUAAAGAACAAGUAUCAAAUCAUAAUCAUUGCUAUGGUUGGUUGUCCCCAUUACUUCUGUCACGAUAUUAUCAUCAGAAUAUUUCCUCAGUCGAUGAGCAUCUUUGCAAUGGUGCAGUCUUUGACUGCUUAUGACUAUGUUUGUAUUUCAGGGAAAUGUGGAACAUCUCAGUCGAUUUUAUGAUGAGUUUGGAACUGAUGACGGCAAAGAUGAAGAUGUUGAUGACAUGGUCCUGGCUGAUGGUCAUGGAGCUGAAGAUUCAAAAUCUAGACAAUCUGCAAAGCCUGAAGAUCACCAAGUUCUUUUUGGUGGGAACAACGAUGACUGCUUUAUGAUGGGCAUCAAGUUCACUAGGUAGUUGCUCUCUUUUUCUAUGUUAUUUCAUGUACGAGUGAUCAUUACUUUUUUUUAGUUAUUUUAUUUCAUACUCUAGUCAAUAUUUCAAUUUAUUGGAGCAAUGUUGCCUGUUCAUUUUUUCUUUUUAUAUCUAAUGACCUUUUAGAUUCCAGUGGUGUAAGAACAUCUCAAUUUCUAUGCUUGCCAAAAGUGUAGUUGUUUUGCAUGAAUCUGUGACAUGUAGUGCUCUUAUAUGUAUUCCUAUGCAUGGCAAAUGCCGGAGUAUUUUAUUCUCCUAUGCAUGGCAAAUUCCACGCUGAUUUUGAUAAAUUGUAUUACAAGUGAAAGAAAGAAAAGAAAAUAACGUUGUUUUUUGCAUAAAAACUCAUCAUAAUAAUAGUUAUCUAAUGAUGUAGAGAUGCAAGUAAAUGAGUAGGUGCCCAUAUCGACUGAGAACCAGAAUUUUUUCUUCGAAUUGAGUGGGUGAUCCUAUGGACUAAACAUGUGGUAUUUUCCAACCUCAGCUUUCUCUUAACUUUGUGGUAUCAAUCACACAUUACAACAAGGUUUGUAGUUAGGUUUUUUUCACCUUAAAGUUGUGGAAUUCAUUUGAUGCAUUCAGAAUCAAGCUUUUAGGAGUCAUUCCUUUUCAUUUGGGACUGUUGUAAUGGCCUCCUAGUUUAGAUGUCUUGGGUCUUGUAGAAUGUAUGAGUUCAGCCGUCUCAUUUUACAUGUGUAGGAUACUUUGCCAAAGUCACCCUCUCUCUCACUAGGAGCUCAGACUUACCUUGAAGUUUGAUGGUUAAAGGAAGACCUCUUCCUGUUUUGUUAUGACUGAUAAACAGUGAUCGAGUAGUAAAAAUUGCUCAGGGAACAGGUUCCUGACUCUUGCUUAAAUUUUUUUUCUUUUGUAGGAGAAGUAUUAAGUUGUAUGGUGAUUUCUACUCAAGUGACAUGAUUGUUGCAUCUCCCCUAGGAUUGAGUAAGGUAAGUUAUUCUGUUGAAAUCAGCAUCAAGGUUAUUGUUUUCUAGUAUAAUUAAUUGAGAAUGCUAAAUUCAGCUUUUUUUCACAUAUGUCAUUUUCCUCAAUUUGAUUAUUUUUUUUUGAAAGGAAAGUUAUCACAAAUCUUUUAUUCAAUGAGUUUGAUUAUCUUAUUUCCAUCUUAGUGUAUGCAAUACAGUGCAAAUUCUCCUCUUUCAUACGGACGUACUGCACAUUUUUCUAUUCGAUAACUUGCCUAGCAGCUCUGAUAGGCACUUAAUCCCCUGAUAUCAAGCCAAGAAAAUGCGCUUCAGUUCUUUCCUGGGAAGAAAGGAGUUAAUGACCUUUGGUUGAUGGUCUUAUUGUAGAAACGUGACUACAAUUGUCAAUGGGGUUGAUAUAUUUUGUCUUUGUCCUUGAUGGGACUAUUGAGGAAUGCCUAAUUUAUCUUUUCCUGACCGAUUCUGAAAAGUUUGCUCACUUUAUUCAUUGUUUCAAUUUAGUAACAAUAGAAUUGUGCUGCAGUUAGAGGAAAAAGGUGGUAUGUUCUUAAUUUUUUUUAUCAAUCUUUCUACAUUUGUAAUUCACGAGUUGUGACAAAAAUAUUUUAAGUGUAGAAUUAAUGUUUCUGCUAAGGAUCAUAGUUGGUAGGAUAUACUGAUUCUUAUUGGAAUCAGUUCAUGGAGAUUCGAAUUGUCCUGUUCGAUUUACUUGGUGGAAAAAUAUGAUAAGAUUGUAUAAAGCCCUUAUAGCUCUUAUAGGAAUGUUUAUGAGUCAUUUAGUAUAAAACUGAUAUCAAUAUGCAUUGAUAUUUAUAAUUUUUAUUUUAAACGAACAUGAGAUAUAGUUUUUAAGCUCAAAUAAUGUCGUUAAUUAUAGAUUCCAGCUGUGAGGAUCCAGGAACUACACAUCUACCAUGUAUUUCAUGAGCAUAAAGCUUUGGCUUUGCUAUUUUUGCUGGAAAUCUUUGUAUUUGAUGGAGUUAUUAUGACUAUAACGUUAAAAGGAUACUUUUUAAUUAUCUAUCUUUUAUAUGUUUGUCGCUAUUUAUUAUCCAGAGCUGUCAUUCCAUACUCUAAUUAAUUUAUCAAUUUUUUCAGAAAAUUGCAGAGACUACAAUAGACAAGGAGAAGGAUGUCGAUUAUUUAUCUUCAAUCGAGGUUCAGAGCGCUCUCAAUGCUUGUUUGAGUUCAGUAGAUUAUUUUGCUCUCUAUUCUUUCAAUAUAUAUAGUUGUGCCGCUCGCCCAGAAAAAACAAAUCCAUUCAUGAAGAUGGUCAUGGGUUUAUUUGUUUUCACAUACAGGUGUUGAUAAUUGAUCAUGCUGAUGUGAUUGCAAUGCAGGUCUGUCACUAUUGGUGAUUAUACCCUUCUUUUUCUUAUUAUUUUCUUGUUAACAUUCCUCCACUGUUCAUCAUAACGUGCAGAAUUGGUCCCAUUUAACUACUGUUAUUGAGCAACUGAACCAUUUACCAUCGAAGCAACACAGAACAGACUUUAUGCGUGUGAGACAGUGGUAAGUCCUUGGUAACAGAAUUAUUCAAUAGAAUAUUAUUUCAUGAGAUGUUUUUCUGCUUACGUCAAAGGUGCACGAUAUCCAGAAUAGUAUUAGAAGUAUUUUUUAUACCUCCUUUCGGCAAAUGGCACGUCAUUUUUGUUCCUACUAUUAGGCCGUUAGGCGCUCAGUUUUGAUGCGUGAAUGAUCUAGAGAUAUCUGUUUUGUCAUGAUUAGGUAUCUAGAAGGGCAAUCACGCUUUUACCGGCAAACUAUAUUACUGAGUGAUUUCCUUAACCCAGGUAUGUUUCUUUGAUUUGUUUGUUGAAUGUAUAUCAGACUGUUGGCUUUUAUUCAUUGUUUUGUUCCUGAUUGUUGUGGUUGCUGUCUUUUGGCUUCUCAAACUAUUAUGCAGUUGGGAAUGGUAGAAAACUCGCUAGGGUUUUCGAAUCUUGGCCUUUUUCCAGAAAUCUUUAUCCAUACAUCUUCUGAAAGCAUGAUAUUUAUUUGUGUUGCUGGACUUGGAUAUCCUUAAAUCCAUGGUAGUGAACAUGCCUUCAAUGUGCAUGUAAACUGAUAUUUAUUUAUGGUCUCUUUUCACAGAUAUGAAUUCACUGUUUAAUCAUCAUUGUUUUAACCAUGAGGGAAAGGUAUGCCAUUCAAUUUAGAUAAUUCUCCUUUUUGUACAGAUUCAUUGAUUCUGCAUUUUCUUAGGUCAAGAUGAUGUAUCAUCACAAGGGGGUUCUUCCAAAAAUAUUGCUCCCGGUGAAACAGGUGAAUAAAGCUUGCUGUUUUCUUUGCUUCAAACUGGCAGCAGAACAAAACUCUAGAAACCUGAAGUUUAUAUGUUUAUGACAAUUUGACACUAGAAAUUGUCAGCCAUCUGUUUUUUCAAGGCCAAAAAUAAGAAUUUGCAGUGAAAUUGUUAAUACGAAUAGCAAAGGUGUAUAUUCACGUUCCUCGUUCAAUAGAUACGCAUCGUCAUUCACCAGUUUUAAAGCCUUUCAUACAAACAGUAUUUUGAUUGUUCUUGAAAAUCUUUUUUUUUUUUUUUUGUAAUUACCAUCUCAAGUUCCUUGUCUACAGAUUGUCUUCCGUUUCACCAUUUCAUUUUAUCAUAAGUUACGUUAUUUUUUGUUGACUACCGCUGACAUUGUUUAUGCGACCAUGUAUGGAUUAACUUGUAGGUUUAUGAACGCUUCAAUGCGAGUUCCAUUGACGUCAUUGAUGAUGCGCGUUUUGAUUAUUUUGUUAAGAAGGUCCGUAGAAACAUCUCCCUCUCACAGUUACUGUACUCACAGGAAUGUGUUGUGGGCUUUCUAAACAUGGGAUGCAUACUUUAAACUCUUUAACUAAUACCCUUUGGGAUAACCCAUCAAAUUAAGGAUCAAUUGAUUUCAAUGCUGUUGCAUCAUCGCCCUUGUUAAGAACGAAUUCUUUAACAUAUUAAUCAUAAUAAUAUUCUAUUUGACUGUCAGUCCUGGGCACGCAUUGAAUCCUUACUAUAACGGUUUUCCCUUGUGCAGGUGUACCCAAAGAUAAAGGAUUCAAUUCAGGUAUUGUUCUAAAACAGCACGUCUAAUAUGUUACACCUGAAAUGUCAAUGAAGCUCGCAUCUCUCUCUCUCUCCCCCCCUUCAAUCCAGCUGUUGUUCUAAAGGUUUUUGUACAGGCUGCGCAUCUUCAUGUCUUAGAAACUUGAUGUUAUAUGUGUUUCUAAUAGUGGAGACUUUAUUCUUUCUGCAGGGUGGGAUAAUGCUGUUCAUUAGUUCUUAUCUGGAUUUUGUGAGGGUUCGGAACUUUUUGAAAUCACAGGAUGCUUCAUUCUGUUUGCUCGGGGAGUAAGUCGGCCAUCUGAGAGUUUAUAUCAGUAUUUUAGUUUUAAUCACAGAACAGUUUCAGCAUCAUGGAUGGAUAGAAGAUGACCUCUGGACUCAACUUUCCUCUGUCCUGUUUCUAUUCUCUCUCUCUCUAGAUAUACAAAACAAAGCGAUAUAUCCCGCGCAAGAGUUUGGUUCUUCCAAGGAACUCGGAAAAUUAUGCUGUACACAGAAAGGGCUCAUUUCUAUCAUAGAUACAAGGUCUGCUGGACUUUUUUCUCUUCAGUUCCAUAGUGUUAUGUAUGCUCUUACAUGCAUAGUCAGUGCCUGUGUCCCCCCGUGUUCUAGAGUAAGAUAAAAUCUAGUACUUGGUUAGUUUUCGGGUGAGAAUGAGAUAAACAUGCACAGAUUUUCUAGUGUUUUUUGGCUUCAAGGAAGGCGCUCUUUGCAGCCCCUCCCUCCAUUCAGAACCAGGACCAGUUGGUUGUGGGUUUUGCUCUGGUUUUGUUAGGCUUGUUGGUAUAUAAGACUCAUCUUCUUCGACUGCAGAUUCGCGGGAUCCAGAAUUUGUGCGUCUAUUCUCUUCCCGAGAGGAAAGACUUCUACCCAGAAGUAGGCCCUCUCUCUCUCUCUCUCUCUCUCUCUCUCUCUCUCUCUCUCUCUCUGCCUUGCGGGUUUCAUCUUGUUUCAUGUUGAUGAGGGUUUCUGCUCUCGCAGCUGCUGAACAUGCUCGGCGAGGCCAAAAACGCGAUGUGCAAUGUGCUCUUCUCCCGCUUCGAUCUUCUGCGGGUAAGCUGCUUGGCUGCUGCUGCUGCUGCCCCUGUUCUUGUUGGAUCACCUCCCAUCAGUUUCUGUUCUUGUUGCAUUCUAUCUCUAUCAGAUCAAGAAAAAAAGAAGAAGCUAAUGCCCCACCGUUCCCCAUAUUAUUGACCAUGUUAAAACAAAAAAAAAUAAAAAUAAAAAAUAAAAAGAGAAAAGGAGAGUUGACUCACUCCACCCCCUUGUCUCCAGCUCGAGAGGAUCGUAGGGACGGCGGCUGGGAAGAGGAUGGUAUCGUCCGACAAGUCUAUGUUCGUGUUCUCAUGA